AUGCGUUUGGGGGGACGAAUUUUGAUGAUUAUUGGCAUUAUUGUUACAGUGAUCUCAGCUCUUUUCUGUAUAAUUGGUUUAUCUACAAAAGGAUGGGUGGGUGGUUAUGGUUUAUUCUGCGAUGGAUGCUACAAACCCCCAGCUGCUCUUUCUGUUAUUUCAUUUAUUCUUCUAAUUGUAACUAUUAUCGCUCUUGUCUUACAAAUGUUCGAGAUUUUAACUGGUGCUCUUCAAUUAGUACCAAUUACUUUAUUAUUCGUUGCAACUAUUUUUUUAUUAGGAACAUUUGCAUCUGCUGCACAAUGGGCUCUUAAUUAUUCAUUUGUAUCUGCUACACCACGGGCUCGUAAUUAUUCGUUUGAUCUAAUGGUAGUAGCUCACUUCUGUUCAUAUAUAGCUUUAGCUAUAAUAGCAUAUUGGCUUGGUCAAUCAAGUGCAGGAUCGAAUUAA